GCUGACGGCCAAAACCCAAAAAUCUCCUACUAUUCCUUUGCUCUCUUCUUUCUUCCUAAAACUAUGGCCCCCAAAAGCAAAUCUAGCUUAGUAGACCAGCCUCCUUCUGCUUCCUCUUCUGAAGAACAGGACACACAACAAGCAGAAGAAUCCCAAGAAGAAGAAGAAGCGCAAUCCGAAGAAGAAGAAUCUGGUGAAGAAGAAAGUGAAGAAGAAGAAGAAGAACCCAAAACAGCCCCUCCUCUUGAAAAAAAACCCACUUCCCAAAAACCCCUUCAAACCCCACAAAACAAACCUCAGUCUUCUUCUUCUUCUGAGUCCGGAACUGAAGAUGGGUCAGGAUCCGAUUCCGAUUCCGAUUCGGGUCAAUCCCAACCUUCCCCUUCUGCUUCCGACUUCACCGUCAAGCCCAGUAUAUCCGCUGCAAAAUCCCCAUCAAAACCCACUUCCAAGAGGCCUCAAGAAACCCAACAACAACAGGCCCAAAAAGAAAAACAAUCAAGGCCCAAUAAAAAGCCCAAGAUUUCUGAAGAAGAUAGUAAGGUUUCUGAGGAGAAGAAAUCAGCUGCUACUACACCUAGCAGGCUAUGGAGUGAUGAAGAUCAGCUUGCUAUACUCAAAGGUAUGGCUGAAUUCAAAGCCCAAAAAGGUUCUGAACCAAAUGCAACUGAUAUGUCUGCUUUUCAUGACUUUAUUAAAGGGAAAUUGCAAGUUGAAGUUUCAAAAAGUCAAGUUACUGAUAAGCUUAGAAGGUUAAAAAAGAAAUUUUUAACUAAUGUGAAAAUUAGUGACGACCCUGUUUUCUCUAAACCUCAUGAUUAUUUAAUGUUUGAGUUUUCUAAGAAGAUUUGGGGUGGUGCUGGAACUAGUGAUACUAAUGGAGUUAAUGAGAAUGUUAACAAUGGCACUAAUGGGAAAGCUAAAAAGACUGUUGAUGUUGUUAAGAAGAGUACUUCUGAACCUAAGAAAAGUGCUAAAGUUAGUACCUUUACUAAACCGAAGGAUGAUGAGAAGCCUAAGGAAGACGAGAAACGGGCCGCUGUAAAAGAGGUAGAUAAGGAGGAUGUUGUGGUAAAGGGUGAUGAUCAACGGGAUUUUCGGUCUAAGUAUCCAAAUUUAGCUGCAUCCUUUAGUAUGCCGGCCAUGUCUGCUAUCUUUCCGAAUGGUGUUGAUAUAUUUAAGGAGAAUAUGAAUUUGAUUGGUAGUGACAAGGCUAAGGUGUUGGAGGAGAAGUGGAAGAAACUGCACGAUGAUGAAAAUGACAUUAUGCUCAAGCGCUUAGAUUUGAUUAGAGAGCAUUACAAAUUGGUGGUUGAUGCAAGGAGAGGUAACUAGAUGUUGAUGGAUUAUUUUGUUCUUUUUGAUGCAAACAUUUAGGUACCGAGUCUGGAGCUUUUACUUUUUUGUUUCAUAUAUUCUUGUCUCUCAAGACAAUUUGUUCUUCGUGUUAAUGAACUUAUGUUUGAUCCUGCAAGUUAGAUUUUCUUUUUAGGUUUAUUCGUACAUGUUAUUGCUUCUUUAGUUUUAUUACAAGUGAAAUGGUUUAUGUGGGAUCUUUAGUUUUGCUUCCUCUGUUUGUUCGAUUGUGAUUAGCUCUAUGAAAAGUUUGCAAUGAAAUGCAUACAUAUUCCUAAAUUUUCGUGACAUUGACGUUAUAUAUUGCAAAUCAUGCAUCCUAUCUGUAUGGUGGAAGCAAGCAGAUGAAGUAGAAAUUCCACCAGAACAAAGUUCAAUUGUCAUUUCCUAUUCCAGAUAAAGAAACACCUAAAUGGUAUUUUUCUCAGUUUUUGAGCUUGGGUUGUCCUUCAACUAAUUUACAUCACUCAUAAAGAUCUAUUCUUCCAUUUUUUUUUUGUUCUUAACUAGGUCUACAUCGCUUUCAAAAGACCUAGGUGUUAAGAGACUUUUCUCCAUGUGAGAUUAGGUGUAUCUUAUCCCCUGUUAAAAUCUCAGUUAUCGUAUUGUGAAGCCUAUAGACCAGUGCAUUUGGAGGUCUGCAUAAGACAUGGCGAAGCUAUCUCAGGCGAUUUUCUCUCACUUUAUCCUCUAUAUGUGCUACCUGCACUGUAACUUUUUCCAAUUUACCUUAUCAAAAAGAAUUGUCCAGCUUUAUAG